GGCCGGGCAAGGUGGGCAAGGCUGCCAAACAAGAUAUUUGAAGGUUAAAAGCAUCUAGUGCACGACAUGGGGGUGGCACUUUCCAGGGCAGUUCAGUGGGACAGUUCUGGGGCAGAUAACCUGGAGAAUACCCCUCUGAAUAAAGCCAUGCUCAGUGAAAUCCUGCUCUUCACUGAGGAGUUCGGCGCCAGACACCCACAGGAGGCCAAACUUGUGUUCAGAGAGCCUUUACAAUGGAAAACAUCUCUAGAAGCUUCUGAUUUCAAAACGGAGUAUGACAUCAGUGGUGAAUCAGUUAUGUCCCAGGAGUCUGAUAAGGAUGGACAUCCCCUUCUCCAUCUCACUCCACCUGACAUCACAGUGUACACAUUUCACCACCUCUCCAAUCUUCUGCAACUGACUGAAGACCAAAAGAUGAAAGAAGUUCAGGCCUGUUUGGCGGCUAACAAGGACCCACUGAAAAAGAUCUUGGGGUCCAGUUCUGCCACAGUUCUCCUAAAAGAAGGGGAAGAGGAUGAGCUGAGUGGGGGAAAGGAGCUUGAAAUGAAGCUGUUAAAUAUCCUGAAAGAGCUGGACACAAAACUGCUCAACAUUGCUGUCAGACAGAUCACCAGAGAGGGCAGGCUAAGCCCAGCAGCUGUUGAUGGAGAGGUAGAUCAGUUGAAGAGUUUAUGUGGGACAGGAGAAAGCCGGGUACUGAAGUCGGUACGCUACACAUCAGAUUAUGUUUUCUCAAAUGGUUGCCGCUCCCCUCCCUGGCGGCAGAUGGAUGGAGAAAUCUGCUCUCUCAUAAUUGAGACUUGUGACACCGAACCCACACUGUUCAUCACUUGCAGCACCACCGGAGUUUUCCUCCACGAGGGACUCAUUGGGGACGUAGGUGAGAACUCUUAUAAGAGGAAGAGUGAUGUCUACCGAGAUCUUGUCACGCUGUUGAAAAACAAGUCUCCUCACUUCGCCAAGACUAUAAGUGAACAGGCCAUUCAAGAAGUGCCAUCUGAAAAGUUCCAACAUAUGGAAACAGUUGAUGAACAGGAAACAGGCCAAACCUCGCGGUCUUACGACCGUCGGGAGAAAAACGCGCCCGAGAAGGCGAGACAACAGCAUGUGCAGGACAAGCCGGGCGGUAGAAUGAAGAAAUUUGAACCGUCUUUGAAAUGGAAGAACCUCGGGCUCACAUCCUCUUAUGAUAAGGUGGAAGAGAAAAAGGCUGGAAUAAGUGGAGAAAGCAAGAACAUCUUGGCACACGGCACAAAGUCACCGGCAUCAGACAGCAAAAAAAGAGCUAAUUUCUCCGAAACGUCUCUACAAGGCUGCUGGUCCUCUCAAAAAAUGAAGACCUCGGGAGGAGCUGAUGAUUUCAUUGAGAGUUCAUCAGAGGGUGAGGAGGAUGAAGAACAGCCAGACAGACGUGCCGAGACCACCACCGACCUGCCUACCGAAUACUGGCAAAUCCAGAAACUAGUAAAAUAUUUAAAGGGGGCUAAUCAGACAGCCACAGUGAUUGUUUUGUGCUCCUUGAGAGACUUUAAUCUGGUCCAGGAGACGUGUCAGCUGGCUAUCAGAGACGUGGGGGGGCUGGAGGUUCUCAUCAACCUGCUUGACACAGAUGAGAUCAGAUGUAAAAUCGGUUCUCUGAAGAUCCUGAAAGAGGUCUGCUGUAACUCUCAGAUUCGGCGGGCCAUCGUUGAUCUGGGAGGCUUGCAGACCAUGGUGUCUAUCCUGGACUCUUCUGAUAAAGAGCUCAAGUGCCUGGCAGCAGAGACCAUCGCCAACGUGGCCAAGUUCAGACGGGCCCGCAGGAUGGUCCGACAGCAUGGUGGCAUCAAGAGGCUGGUGGAGUUGUUGGACUGCGUGCCUGAUGGUGUGUCUGUGAGCGCGGAGCAGGACAGAGACAUGGAGGUGGCGCGCUGCGGAGCUCUGGCUCUCUGGAGCUGCAGCAAAAGCACCAGGAACAAGGAGGCCAUCCGGCAGGCAGGGGGAAUCCCUCUGCUGGCCCGGCUGCUCAGAUCGCCGCAGAGGAACAUGCUUAUCCCUGCGGUGGGAACCCUGCAGGAGUGCGCUUCUGAGAAGAGCUACAGAAUUGCUAUACAGACUGAGGGCAUGAUUAAAGAUCUGGUGAAGAACCUCAGCAGUGACAACCAGGAGCUCCAAAUGCACUGCGCCAGCGCUAUCUUUAAGUGUGCAGAAGAUAAACAGACACGUGAUCUGGUGCGGCAGUACAACGGGCUGAAGCCGCUGGUCAUGCUGCUCAACGAAGCUGAAAACAAGCAGUUACUCGCCGCCACAACCGGAGCCAUCUGGAAAUGCUCCAUCAGCAUGGAAAACGUGGCUAAGUUUCAGGAGUAUAAGGCUUUGGAGACUCUGGUCGGUCUUCUUAAAGACCAACCUGAAGAGGUGCUUGUCAACGUGGUGGGGGCUCUGGGAGAAUGUGCACAAAUACCUGAGAAUCUUGCCACAAUCCGCAAGUGUGGAGGUAUCCAGCCGCUGGUCAACCUACUUAUUGGCACCAAUCAGGCCCUUCUAGUCAAUGUCACAAGAGCCGUGGGAGCCUGUGCCACUCACCCGGAGAACAUGAUGAUCAUUGAUGGUCUUGAUGGCGUGCGUCUUCUCUGGUCUUUGCUGAAAAACCCCAAUCCAGAAGUACAGGCCAGUGCUGCAUGGGCCAUCUGCCCCUGCAUUGAGAAUGCAAAGGAUGCCGGGGAAAUGGUGCGUUCUUUUGUGGGUGGUUUGGAGCUCAUUGUUAAAUUGCUUAAAUCGCCGAAUAAAGACGUGCUGGCCAGCGUGUGCGCAGCCAUCGCCAAAAUUGCCAAAGAUGUGGAGAACCUGGCAGUUAUUACAGACCAUGGAGUGGUUCCAAUGCUGGCCAGUCUUACCAACACUGUGGAUGAUAAGUUACGACGUUACCUGGCGGAAGCCAUCGCCCGCUGCUGUACGUGGGGGAGUAACUGUGUCUCGUUUGGGGAUGCUGGAGUUGUAGCCCCUCUGGUUCGCUAUCUUCGCUCAAAAGACCCUUUAGUCCACCAGGCUACGGCCCGGGCCCUGUUCGAGCUCUCCAAAGACCCUAGAAACUGCAUUACCAUGCACGAACAUGGGGUGGUCAAGCCGCUGGUCGACAUGAUCGGAUCCACGGAUGAGGUUCUGCAGGAGGCGGCGGCGAGCUGUGUGGCCAACAUUCGUCAUCUGGCGCUAGUCUAUGACAAAGCUAGAUAUGGGUAAAAAGUGACCAUGAGCAAAUCAAAGCAUUUGAAUAUGUUACUGUUCCUUCAACCACUAUGCUGUUGUCUAUUAAAUGUUAAACUUGACCCCCCUGGGUUUCACCCACUGCUUCCAUAGGCACACCCAAACAUUAUUAAUGUAACUGAGGUACAUCAACUGUGAUGACUGACAUGUGUAUGUUUGUUUAUAUUUUA